AAACGACGAGUAGUCAUGACGACACGCAGGCAGACGUCAUAAUACCGACAAAGUCGGAUGUAGGAGAUUUUAUAGAAUACCUCCGCAUCUUGUGUGGUCUAUCUGACUGUCAGGGGGGGGGAAAGAGUCCAUGUAAGUAUUACUUUUGAACCCCUUUUCUUUCGAUGGGAGUACCGGUACUCGAUAAUGCAAUGAGUUUAUACCUCUACGAACAUAAACUUGCACUAUUUUGUCUGUUUUAAGUCAAAUUGUCGUAUGUUCAAACGAUUAUUUUGAGUUGUCCAAGAAGUAGAAUAGGGGAGAACAAGUGUUUCCUUUGCGCUAAGGAGACGCGUGCAGACGCGUACUCACUCGCUUGGAUCAUCAUUAUUAAGCUGCGUCCCGGACUGUCGUAAAGUCACGUUGGUCCUACGAGCUCAAACGUUAGCUAGCUUGUAAAUAUAAUGGAUUUCCCUGGGGAUUUUUUUUAAUGGUAACUAGCAUCAUUUUACCUGACGACUACUUCAAUCACGUUACUCAAUAAUUUGAUCCAGAUAUAGUGUAGCUGCAAAAGUUCUGACAACAAUCCUAAUCUUACUUGACUGCCACUUAAAUUACAUUUUACCUGAUGUACUGUAUCUGCAAACCAAAUUAAAAGGUUGUGCAGGUUCUGUUCAUUGGCAAUAUAUUGUAUAACCUAUAAAACAGCAGUCAGCGGUGCAAUUUAUAGUCUUGAAAUGCAACUAAGAAGAGGGCCAUCGUCAAGUACCUGAGUCGUUGCAGUGAAGGCUGGUUAUGAAAUGUAAAUAUAGGUACAGUACAAUAAGUGGGCAUCUGUUUCAAACGCAAAUAUUUGUUCAAAUAUUUUUGAACUAAUAUAUGGUCUCAACUCUCAACAACAAGUCCAGAGAAUGAGUCCAUGAAGUUUCUGACUUGACUGUUUCUAGACGAUGCUGUUAAAUUUGAGACACCACUCACACUGAGGGGUCUUGAUCCCUUGAAAAGAAGCCUGACCCUCUCCAAGAGAGGCCUGUGCAUGUCUCCGCUCUUCAUCCUCCUACUCCUCCUCCUCUUCACCGAGGCGUGGAGCUACGAGGCUCCCAAAGACAAGCAGGAUGUGUUUGCAAAAAAAGCCUGUCCAGCAUUCCUGAUCUUCUUCAACACCGCCUACCAGGCGGGAGCAACGGUGGAGCUGCCUUGCCACUGCAAACCUGAAGCGGUCCAAUCGGUGGUUUGGUUCUUUAGGAAGCACCAGUCCGACUCAGAAGAGACCAGAGCCCUGACCGAUUACAAUGGGAACAAGCUGCUGGAGUCCAAUCAAAUUACCCACAGCGGUGACCUGCGGAGUCGCUUCACAAUUCGUCUCUUUAGCCUGCUGAUCUUUCGAACGGCUGUUGACGAUUCGGGUAUCUAUAUCUGCGGGUCAGCCAAGGGAGACUACUUCUAUGCCUACGAUCUCGACAUCCAAGAGGUGCAGGAGCUCAGCUUCACGUCAAGGCUGACUUCUGAAAGUAUGAGCAACCCAAUAAAAGACAUAAGAGGACCAAGGUCUGGUCAGCCGCUCUACCAAGUGUUCACGGCUUUCCGUCCAUGGUCACAUUGCGAUCGCUGUGGCAUGCAAGGUGAGCAGGUCCGAGUGGGGCUCUGCUACGUCCGCUCCCGGUUCCUGCACGUCCGUUACACGCGGCGGCUCAACCGGACUGUGACAUCCUGCGGCUCAGGGGCGGUGCCUCAGGCAUUCAGCCACCUGAAGGGAAACAGAGUUGGAGCCAGACUGGAGGUCAGAGGCUGUAAUGUGACUUGUCCAAAGGAAGCGCCUCCCACUUCCAAAUCGGCUAAAAUGACUGUUGCGGUUAACAGUUCUGAUUCCAUGACGAAGCAGGUGAUGCAGGUUUCUUACCUAAACCACCCAGCAGACCAUAUCCUGACCCUCGGCUGCCCGGAGGCCCGGCCAUACAUGGCCGUGGCGUGGGACAGAGGAUCCGAACCCAUUUAUCGUUCACAGAGUUUGGUAGAUAGGAAUGCAGGCGUCAUGUCUCAGAGGAUUCAUAUUGAUGCUGGGCAUCAUCUGGUCUUCACCCCUGCUCAACUUGAGGAUUCAGGUGUCUACUACUGCUGGCUGAGUGGACGCCGAAUGGCUGAGAUAAACCUGCUGGUCUACCCCCAUUUUAAACGGGGCAUGUCAGUCACAUCAAAUCCAGACUUGCCCUUGGCUUUGCAGAUAGUUUUAAAAUCGUAUGCCGCCAUGACGGCGGUGUUUUGCCUCCUUAUCUUGCUUCGAGUCUGCAUUAGACACGUGCGGAGGGGCACAUUGAGGUGAAACCUGGUUGUUUAUAUUUCAUUUGUACGGAAUGCAAUCAGGUUUCAAAAGACAUUACUGAAAGAGAAAGUAAUGUCUCAUUCCCUCCAAAGACCACAGUAAGUGCACGAAACAUCAACAUACAAAAAAUAAUCUCAAAGAAUGGAUCUUUGUUAAACUACCUGUGCCAGUGACAUACAAUGACAGUCGUCCAGUCUGUGCUGUCCUUUUGAUGAUCUCAUUCCUGAUUCUGGCCAUCCUCAUCACUCGCAGAGAAUCUCAGCAUUUUCAGCUCUACCACCACGAGCUCUCAUCCCUCCAUUGCAACGUCUCCAAACUAUAUGGAUGAUCUCCGUAGUGUCCUAUAAACCUUUCCUUUCUUCUCCCUUAUCUCUCUUCUUCACCUCCUCCACACUCAACUUUGCUUUCAACAGUUCAUCCCGAGCGCUUCAACUCCUGUUCCGUCUCCACCUCGACUUCUUUUAACCUUUCAUUGCACUCGCUUUUAUUCGCACGUGUACUCAGUCUUGCUGUAACUAACCUUCGUUCCUUGUCUCUCCAGUGCAUAUUCCACCUGCUCCCUCUUCUCACUGCAGAUCAUGGUGUCAUCUGCAAGCAUCACUAUAGAAGACGCCUUUCUGACCCGAUCUGUCACUGUCAACCUGUCUCUCACCAUAUCAAACAAGAAGGGGCUCAGGUUCAAUCCUUGAUGUAGACUUUCUUCACCUUCAAGUGUUCUUUCUGCCACUCCAGCGGUCGCCUUUCCCACUGUCUUUCUUCUCAUGUGACCUGAUCUCUUCUAACAUCCAUUUUGUAAUCCGCUUAUCCUCCCAAGGGCCGUGGGCGUGCUGGAGCCUAUCCUGGCCGUCAUCGAGGGGAUACCCAGACAAUAUCAGGACACACAUAAACGAACAAAUAUUCACACACGGCACAAUUUAGAGUGCUCCAUUCACCUUCCAUGCAUGUUUUUGGAAAGUGGGAGGAAAGCGAAAUACCCAUAGAAAACCCAAGCAGGCAC